AUGCGGCUACGCUAUUUUUAUGUUCUGCUAGCCAUUGUUAGCUUCUACUUUGUCUGCGGCACCUUGUCUUCCGAUUCCUCACAAAACCAGAUCUCAAAGCGUGCAUCACAUGAUACCACACCUUGUACCGAGUCGAUGACUACAGGUACGAGGGAUGGCUCAAGGAAACGAUUUUUGCGGGAAGGAAACUCUUUGAAAGAGAAUUUGUCGGUCAGCGAGAAAGAAGAGAGAGGAACGAGUCUUGUGGAAGGCGUCGUCGGCUUGUUAAAUAAAGCCAAAGUGGUACCGAACCUGCAUAAUCCACUAGUGAUAGAGCAAGUAGCGAAGGUGGGAGAGUUAAAGACAAAGGUGUCAAGCCCAUUACGAGACCUGAAACUUAUGGACGCUGUCGUAACUGUGAAAUUGUAUCGCUCGUUGAAAAAAUUAAUCCCUCCAAUGCGCGUAUAUAAGUGGCUGGGACUUGAUCGAAUGAGCGUGGAAAAACAAAAGAGCCACAGAUACUACAAGUACUUUCAGUGGUACUUUCAGGAGUGGCAUAAGGAUCAAGCAAAAAUAGAAAUUCUAUCUAUUUGA